AUUUCGAUCGUGCGUCCACUGAAAGAAGCUAUGAUCAUGCUUCCAUCGUCACUGGCCAGUCCUCGCAAACAACAACACCAGCCAUCGUCCAAGCCAAUGCUAGUGCCGCCAUCCGUUGCAGCUGCUCGCGUGGCGACUACUUCCAACGAUGACAAUGUUAUCGCAGGGCUGCUUGGUGACAAUAGCCACCAUCACUUGGAACGGAAGCGCCAGCGCCGCAGAAAAAGCGAGCGUGAAUGGUACUUGAAGCAUCGGGAGGACAGAUUGGCGAAACAACGUGAUUACGAUGCGAAGAACCGGGAACGGAGGCUGCAGCAAAUGAAAGACUACCGCACUAAACACAAGGAAAAGCAGCGUGUGUAUAAACAGGAGUGGUACCGACGUAAUCGAGACUCGAUCAAAAUGAAGCGCAUGCAACGCAAGGACGACGGCGACGACGAUCAAGACGAACUAGCGUCAUCCGCAGCGGAUACACCUGCAACGACAACAGCACCCCAAACCUCGUAUCCACACAGCCCAAUGGACACGACAGCCAUAGCCCCUUCUGCGUUUCUCUCUCUGCUCUGUGAAGUGGCUCUCAUGACUUAAUUUACCUAACUACGUGCUCGAGUUGUCGAA